AUGGUUAGGGUUCGAAACCCUAAUGAACUCUAUAAUUUAAGGUUCUCAUUGUCAUUGCUUCUAUUGCCUAACUAUCGUCUAUUGGGUUGCUCCAUUGGUUUUUACUUACUUCAAAUUUCUUCUCAUUGUAUCUUUGUUCACCAGAGUGGAAGUGAUAGUGAAUAUGAGAGUGAUGUCGACGAAGAGUGGGACGUGGUUCAAGAUACCAAUGCUGCUAGUGCCUCGCGUUACCUUCCAGGUGGCAGUGAUAGUGAGGACGAUGAUCUCCGUAAACGUGUUGUUCAGCCAGCCAAAGACAAGCGUUUUGAAGAGAUGGUUAGUACCACAGAGCUGAUGAAGAAUGCCAUUAAGAUCAAUAACUGGGUUAGUCUACAAGACAACUUUGAUAAGAUUAACAAGCAGUUGGAAAAAGUUAUGAGGAUUACAGAGGCUGUCAAGGCUCCAAUCUUGUACAUCAAAACCCUUGUGAUGUUGGAAGAUUUCCUAAACGAAACUCUGGCCAACAAGGAAGCAAAGAAAAAGAUGAGCACUAUCAACUCCAAGGCCUUGAAUUCAAUGAGGCAGAGAUUGAAGAAGAACAACAAGCGCUAUGAAGAGGAAAUUAUCAAAUAUAGGGAGUCGCCAGAAACCGAGGAAGUGAAUGAAUCAGAGGAUGAAGAUUCUAAAGAUGACGACGAGGAUGACGUUAAUGUGGAGGCUGAUUCUGAAGAGGAGGAGGAAGCCAACGAUAAAGGUGAUCCCUCUUGGGAGAAGAUGCUUAGUAAGAAAGAUAAACUUAUGGAGAAGUUGUAUAAUAAAGAUCCUAAAGAGAUCACAUGGGACUGGGUCAACCAAAAGUUCAAAGAAGUUGUGGCUGCCCGUGGAAAGAAGGGAACUGCACGAUUUGAACUCGUAGAUCAGCUUACACACCUGAUAAGGAUUGCCAAAACUCCAGCACAGAAACUUGAAAUCUUGUUUAGUGUUAUUUCUGCACAGUUUGAUGUGAAUCCUGGUCUCAAUGGACACAUGCCUAUCAAGGUCUGGAAGAAGUGUGUGAAUAACAUGCUUACGAUACUGGACAUUCUUGUCAAAUAUGAUAACAUUGUUGUCGAUGAUACAAUUGAGCCUGAUGAGAAUGAAACUUCAAAACCAGAAGAUUUUGAUGGAACAAUUCGGGUCUGGGGUAACCUUGUUGCUUUUGUGGAGAGGAUAGACACUGAAUUUUUCAAGAGUUUGCAGUGCAUAGAUCCUCAUACACGUGACUAUGUGGAGAGAUUGAGAGAUGAGCCGAUGUUCUUAGCUCUUGCUCAAAACAUCCAAGACUACUUUGAGCGGUCUGGUGACUAUAAAGCUGCGGCAAAGGUGGCCUUAAGACAAGUUGAGUUAAUUUACUACAAACCUCAGGAAGUUUAUGAUGCCAUGAGGAAACUGGCUGAGCUGGUGGUGGAAGAAGAAGAAGAAGAUAGUGAGGCUCCCAAAGAGGGAGCUGGACCUCCCGCUUCAUUCAUUGUUGUUCCAGAGGUUGUUCCUCGUAAGCCUACCUUCCCAGAGAGCAGUCGAGCUAUGAUGGAUGUUCUCGUCUCCCUUAUUUACAAAUAUGGAGAUGAACGAACCAAAGCACGUGCGAUGUUAUGCGAUAUAUAUCAUCUUGCUGUAGUAGAUGAGUUUGUGUCUGCUAGGGACUUGUUGCUGAUGAGUCAUCUGCAGGACAAUAUUCAGCACAUGGACAUCUCAACCCAGAUCCUAUUUAAUAGGUCCAUGGCGCAGCUUGGUCUAUGCGCGUUCCGGGUUGGAAUGAUUACCGAAUCUCACAGCUGCCUGUCUGAACUGUACUCUGGUCAAAGGGUGCGGGAGUUGCUUGCUCAAGGUGUCCAGCAAAGCCGAUAUCAUGAGAAGACUCCCGAGCAGUCUGUUAAUAUUGAGAAUGAAGCUAACUGUUCUGCAACCUUUUGGUCCCACCAGGAGAGAUUGGAAAGGAGGAGACAGAUGCCAUAUCACAUGCACAUAAACCUUGAGCUUCUUGAAGCUGUUCAUCUCAUAUGUGCCAUGCUACUAGAGGUCCCUAACAUGGCAGCCAAUUCUCAUGAUGUCAAACGUAAGGUGAUUAGCAAGAAUUUUCGUCGCCUGCUCGAGAUCAGCGAGAGGCAAGCAUUCACUGCUCCUCCUGAGAACGUUCGUGACCAUGCCAUGGCAGCAACCCGAGCUCUCAUUAAAGGAGACUGCCAAAAGGCUUUUGAAGUUGUGAAAUCUNCAAGACAACUUUGA